AUGUCAAAAGUUUGGUUUAUUACUGGCACGUCCCGUGGCUUAGGGCGUGCUAUCGCCGAACAUGCCCUGGAAAAGGGUGAUUUUGUUGUUGCAACGGCUCGUAACACCGAACCCCUGGAGCAACUCGUCAAGACUUACGGUUCCGAAAAAGUCCUACCAUUCGCUCUCGACGUCACCAACUGGCAAGCCGCUGGAGAAGCUGUAAAGGUUGCCACUGAAAAGUUCAAACGGAUUGACAUUGUUGUCAACAACGCUGGAUACGGCAGCACGGCGUCUGUUGAGGACAUGGACAUCGCCAACUUCCGCGAGCAGGUCGAAACCAACUUCAUGGGUGUCGUACACGUCACCAAGGCUGUCAUCCCAGUCCUUCGUCGUCAAGGCUCUGGCCACAUAUUCCAAAUUUCUUCAGUUGGCGGACGUCUCACCACACCGGGCUUGAGUGCUUACCAAAGCGCUAAAUGGGCAGUCGGAGGCUUCUCUUUUAGCCUUGCCGCAGAGCUUGCUCCUCUAGGUGUCAAGAUCUCGGUGUUGGAGCCUGGCGGUAUUCGGACUGAGUGGGCCGGACCGUCUAUGAAAAUCCUUCCUGUCAGCGAACCAUACCAACAAACCGUCGGCGAAUUUGCCAAAAUUCUACGCGGGAUCUCAGGAAAUGAGACUAGCGAUCCUAAGAAAUUCGGACCCAUUAUCGAUCAGUUGUAUGAGGCUCCAGAGCCGCCUCUUAGGAUGUUGGUGGGCCCGGAUGCUGUACAAAUGUGGGCCCAGGCAUCCGAAGCCCAAUCGAACUCGGAUGAAAAAUGGAAGCAACUGAGCCUGUCCUCUUCCUUAUAAGCGUACGAUCUGUUUGAUCUCAAGAGAUCGGG